AUGUGCGGCUCCGAGAGCGACCAUCGACCCAGGGGCGGCGCGCUCGUUGCUCUGCGUCCGCCGACAACGACGGGCCGAAGCAGUCCAACAGCGCUCGCCGACGGCGAUCUUUCCUUCCACACUCCUGGCCGCCCACGAUGCGCCGUGGCCACGCACGCGCGCCUCAGCUCGCCUGACAUUGGCGACGUCGGCAUGCUCGGAGAUUUCGAGGUUGUCAUCCACCCAUCCCAGCUCGACUCUCCCGCAGUGUGGAAUCCGACGCAAGCUCCGACCGACAGGGUGGCUGCUAACGAGGACGACUCUGCCAGUGACAGCGGCGACCUGACGAGAUGCGCCCGAGACUGCGGCCAGUUCCGCCGGUUUGCCCUCCCCGGCGUCGAGAUGGUGCGCGGGACGGGCUUCGUCGAGCUCCCGCUGGAGAAGCCGCUGUCGCUCGAGGUCGGUGGUGGCGGCAUCAUCGGCCGCCGCGUCUCGCUCUAUGCCCGGCCACCCCGUGAGCGGGAAUACUUGUUCAUCGCCGAAGGCAUCGUUGGCUUCAACCAUCUCGGCGUGUCGUCGUAA